AUGCUCGCCAGAGCUGCAGGUCCAUCAGCUCGUGCUCUCGUCGGCCAGUCCUCGCGGACAACGACGGCAGCAGCGCGAGUUCUUCUCUGUCCCUCCCUCAGCCCCUGCUGCGUCCCCUCGAGGAGCUCUCAAGCCAUUCCUCCUCUGCAUCGCAGCUUCACCCAUUCUACUGUGCAGAGGUACGCCGAUGCCACCACACCACAUUCGACGAUCUCGGACCCGGCAGAGCUAGAGGCGCAAAAGGCGCUAGAGGAAGGUACGCAUGCUCUUGAGAGGGGGGACUGGGAGGAAGCCAAGAGGGCCUAUGAGAGGAGCAAUUCGAUCAAGGAGUCUUCCUCCUCUCACUUCAAUCUAGGUGUAGUUCACUUCCAGACCUCGGACCUACCCGCCUCGAUUGCCUCCUUCCAGCGCUCCCUCUCCCUCUCACCCCAAAGUUCCGACACACAUACCAACCUAGCCUCAGCCUACGUCAUGUCCUCUCCCGCUCGUCCAGACUUGGCAGUAGAGCAUCUUCAAAAAGCCGUGGAAAUCGAUCGGGCAGCUGGGCCUGGGGCAGAAGAUGGAGAAGUUUGGUUUAAUCUAGGAGCGGUUUUGGAGGCUUGUGAGAGACUAGAGGAGAGUGUAAAGGCGUAUGAAAAGGCUAGGGAGUUGGGAAUUGAGAGGGCGGGGAUGAAUUUGAGGAAUGUCACGGCAAAGAUUUUGGCGGUCAAGGUGGGGGCGAAGCAGGAGGGCGAGGCCGAAGAGAGUCAAGCAGGGGGAGAGGGAGAGGGGGAGCGCAAGUGA